AAAAAAACAAAGACCAGAGAGGGAGAGAGAGAGAGAGAGAGAGAGAGAGAGUCAGACCCACUAGAAAGUAGAAAACAGAUGAGAUCCAUUCUUUCUCUCUCUGCUAAACAUUCUUUUCUUUUCCCUUUUUAAGCUUUUCUUUCUCUUUUUUGUUUGGGGAAAAAUCUCACAAUCUGGAAGUCCAACUAAAACCUCACACUAUUAAGAAAAACCCACAAAAGAUAGUCUCUGUGUUUGUGGUUUUGCUUUUCUUCUUUUUAAUUUUUAAUUAAGAUAGUUAUAUCUCUUUUUUGGGUUUGUGUAUAGUGAUUUCUAGCUCAUAUUUUUUUACUGUGGACAGCUCCAAUUCCAAAUCAUUACUCGGUUUUCCUUUUGUCUUCAAAAAGCACUCUCUCUUCGAUUAGCGUAUGCACGUCCCUUCAUUGCUCUAAUUAAUCCCAUUUCUCCUUUUAGGGUUUUUCUUCCUUUGUAUACUGUGCUCAGAACCAGGAAAGAAAAUGUGGGUUGGUGUGGGAAUGUCAUGAGGAAUGAGAAAUGGGUUGCGUCUUUGGGAGAGAGGUGACUCCUAGGAAGGCGGCUGCUUCGGCGGAGAGGGAAGGGAGAAGAGAGAGGGAGGAAGCUAGGGUUGCGAGAGCUCAGGAGGAAAGUAGUCAGGUUAGAAAUGGAGAAGAGAAUCGGAAGGAGAAAAAUGAGGUGGAGGUGGAAGAGGAGGAGGUGAGGGCGCGACCUCGGGGUGAGAGGAGGAGGUCAUCUAGACCGAAUCCGAGGUUGAGUAAUCCUCCCAAGCACGUGCAAGGUGAACAGGUGGCGGCUGGAUGGCCCUCUUGGCUCUCCGCCGUUGCCGGUGAAGCUAUCAAUGGAUGGACCCCGCGACGUGCUGAUACUUUUGAGAAGAUUGACAAGAUUGGGCAGGGUACUUAUAGUAAUGUGUACAAAGCUAGGGAUACUAUGACAGGGAAAAUUGUUGCAUUGAAGAAGGUUCGGUUUGACAAUUUGGAGCCGGAGAGUGUAAAAUUUAUGGCUAGGGAAAUUUUGAUUUUGCGCCGUUUAGAUCAUCCCAAUGUUGUAAAACUGGAAGGUUUGGUCACCUCAAGGAUGUCUUGUAGUUUGUACCUUGUUUUUGAAUACAUGGAGCAUGAUUUGGCUGGACUAGCAGCAAGCCCAAAUAUCAAUUUCACAGAGCCUCAGGUCAAAUGUUAUAUGCAUCAGUUGUUAUCUGGCCUUGAACACUGUCACAACCACCAUGUGCUGCAUCGUGAUAUUAAGGGGUCAAAUCUUCUUAUUGGCAAUGAUGGAAUCCUUAGAAUUGCUGAUUUUGGGUUGGCUUCCUUUUUUGAUCCUAAUCACAAGCAGCCCAUGACUAGCAGGGUAGUUACCUUAUGGUAUCGACCUCCUGAACUGCUCCUUGGGGCCACUGACUAUGGUGUGGGUGUGGACCUUUGGAGUGCUGGUUGCAUUCUUGCUGAGCUGUUGGCUGGGAAGCCGAUCAUGCCUGGUCGCACUGAGGUGGAACAAUUACAUAAGAUAUUUAAACUAUGUGGCUCUCCUUCUGAAGAAUACUGGAAAAAGUCAAAAUUGCCUCAUGCAACCAUAUUUAAGCCCCAACAAUCAUACAAGCGAUGUAUAGCAGAGACUUUUAAAGACUUCCCACCAUCUUCAUUGCCCCUAAUUGAGACCCUUCUCGCAAUUGACCCAGCUGAACGUCAAACUGCUACUGCUGCAUUGAAGAGUGAAUUCUUCAGUACCAAGCCUUAUGCUUGUGAGCCUUCUAGUCUUCCUAAUUAUCCUCCAAGCAAGGAGAUGGAUGCGAAACUACGUGAUGAAGAAGCUCGAAGAUUGAGAGCUGCCGGAAAGGCUAAUGCUGAUGGUGUGAAGAAGUCACGUCCACGUGAUCGAGCUGUAAAGGCAUUUCCUGCUCCAGAAGCCAAUGCUGAGCUUCAAGCCAAUCUUGAUCGGCGGCGUUUGAUAACACAUGCAAAUGCUAAGAGCAAGAGUGAGAAAUUUCCUCCACCACAUCAAGAUGGAACACUUGGUUAUCCUUUGGGCUCUUCACAUCACAUUGAUCCUAUCUUUGAUCCCCCUGAUGUCCCAUUCAGUUCCACAAAUUUCUCAUAUUCAAAAGCACCCAUCCAGACAUGGUCAGGCCCAUUGGUGGACCGAGCUUCAGUUGGUGCUCCAAGAAGAAAGAAACAGAAAGAUAGAAGUUCUGCUCAGGUGAAAGAGAAGGAAGGCAUGUAAUAUAAUUUCUGCUCAUUCGUGAGACUUUUCAUGAGGCUGCAAAAGCUGCAGAUCCAGCCUUUCAUGUAUCGUUCCGGGAAAGCCAGUUAAACUUCAAGGAGAGGUAAAAUAUCUUUAAAUUCAUUUUUUCUUUGUCCUUGUUCUAUUAUUUUGUAUUGCGCGAGAAGUUGAUCUAGUAUUGUAUAUGUUCUUUUGCUUUCUUUUGAAAAACUCUAUGUAGGUUAGUGGAAAAAAUUAAUAAAUGUGUUGGGAACUCGGAA